GUUCUUCCGGCUUACAUGUUGGAAAAAAAAAGAAAAGACGAAUGGAAAAAAUUGUAAUCCACAAAAGGACCAGUGCUUUGUAACUCCGCGAUACGGUCAUAUACACUUAAAAUGAGCUCCCAGCAGUUUCCCCGACACGGGCUGCCUCCUUCCAGCGGGGGAGCACCUCAGAUCCCUGUUGCUGGAAACCUUGUGACUGUCAAUCAGCCAUCAAAUGCUCCAGUUGGUGCAGAUGCAGACAGCAGUCGGGAUGCUGACCACGGGCAGCAGGAUCAUCCACCAGCUGGGGGAGGGGGAACGCAGGAGACCAUGGUAGUCAGACCUUUACCACAAGCGCCAACACAUGGCCAGCCGCAAGCUGCUUCCCAGACUGUGCCCAUCCAGCCUGGCACACCUGUGACUGUACCUGCCGCCCCUGUCCACCUCCAACAUGGGCAGCCUGCAGUCCUCACUGAGGGGCAGAUGAAGGCUGUCCUGAAGCCACCUAUGCCGAGUCGUCUUAUUGCCCCAGCACCACCUUCCAACCAGGCUCAUAUCCCCAAGGUGCCUGGUCACAUUACUGUCACCAUAGAGAGCAGUAUCGCUACAACCCCAUCUAUUCCUGUGGCAACCAUCAGUGGUCAGCAGGGUCACUCCAGCAACUUACACCACCUGAUGCCUACAAACAUUCAGAUCAUUAGGGGCAGUGCUCCAGGACUGCCGAUUGGGGCCCCUGCCGUCCCUCCCCAGACCUUCACAUCCCACUUACCCCGAGGGGCUGCAGCAGCAGCUGUUAUGUCCAGCUCCAAAACUGUCCUGCGACCAGCCACAGGAGCAAGUGCGAACCCCGGCCAGCCUACAGUGCAGCACAUCAUCCACCAGACUAUUCAGUCCCGACCUGCUGUAACAACCUCUACAGCUGUGCUUCCAACUGUGGUGGCCCCCAUCUCAGCAACUAGAACUCAGUCCCCUGUUAUCAGUCCGACUGUUACACACUCUGCUGAGGUGGCACAUGGGCGUCCAGGGCUGACCAUUCACCCGCCUCCGCCCACUGUCAGUAUUCAGAGGUCUCAGACAUCCCGUGACACCACCGCAAGGAUCACGCUGCCGUCACACCCAGGAAUUGGAGCUCAGAAGCCUCAGCCUCCGCACACUAUGACACAGAAGCCCAUUUUCAGUACUGUGACACCAGUAGCUGCAGCAACUGUGGCGCCAAUUGUUGCCACUAACACUGUGCCAUCGACCACCACAAUAGGCUCUGUGCCACACACUCAAAUGACCAGUAGCACUAUUGUUACCAUGACAAUGGCCUCACACUCCUCUCAUGCUACGGCUGUGACCACCUCUACCAUCCCUGUUGCUAAAGUUGUCCCUCAGCCCAUAGCCCACUCUUCGUCCCGCGUGCAGCCCGACUACCCGGGAGAAAGAACCAACCUUAUCUCCAUCUCAGGCCAUAGGUCAUCUCCCAACCCUGUCACCAUGGAAACAAGAAGUGACAACAGACCUUCUGUGCCAGUACAGUUCCAGUAUUUCCUGCCAGCUUACUCCUCAUCGUACCCUCUGCCACACACGUACACCCCCAUCAGCAGCAGCGUGUCUACCAUCCGCCAGUAUCCUGUCACUCCUCAAGCUCCGAGUUCAGCACUGCCCACACAGCCGGGAGUAGGUGUGGCCACCACGGUCCAUCUAAACCACAUGCAGCUGAUGGCAGUUGAUCGGAUUGGUCUGCCCUCUGCACAAAUCAGCACCCAAGGGAUCCAGCCAGCACCAAUCGCUGCGCAGGGUAUCCAGCCUGCACCGAUUGGAGUGCAGGGCCUGCACACAUCUGCGUCAAUCACCACACAGGGAAUACAGCAGGCACCUAUAGUUACUCAGCAGCAGCAACAACCGCAGUCUGAAGCUAAACCUGGGGUCGUUUUGGCUGACGGCUUUGUUGCUAGUCCAAUCAGCAGCACAUUCAGCAGCACCCAGCCAGUAGCCACCAUGGUGCAGGCACACGCCCAGGGAGCAGUAGGAGGAGCUCCCACCCUGGUUUCCUCCCCUCGACCCAGCAUCCUCCGCAAGAAGCCCACUAACGAAGGUUGUGUUCGUAAGAACCUGAUCCCUGCCCAACCCAGUGAACCCAGCAGUGGCAGGAUUGAGAGUGGUGUGAGAGGAGCAGGAUCUCCCCGGCCUGCAGGCGUGAAACCCAAAGCGGAGGUGCACAUGGCGGUGGCUCCUCCUGUCAUGGCUACAGUAGAAGCACUGCCUUCUCAGGGAGGGGAGCAGCAGGUGGUGUCCUCCAACGCCCAGCACCUCGCCCAGGCCAUCCCCGCCAUGCUCGCCACACCGGGACCUGUACCUCCCUCCCAGCCCACCACUGUCUUCUCAGCCCUGCCAGCAGCCAUGCCAAUAACUCCCCCCGUCACCGCUUCAAUGGCCAACACUGUGGCCUCGCCUACUCAGCCUGCAGCCAGUAGCACUGCAGCUUGUGCUGCCAGCUCCGCCUGCCCAGAUGUGAAAAUUAAGCAGGAGGUGGAGACCAUGGACACCCAGACAGAUCCCAAUGCAAACUCAUCAGCCCCGGCACUCACCACCCAGGCCUCCACCCUGAACACUCCUGCCACGGGGGAUCUGAUCCCCGGGGCCUCCCCGAGGAAGAAGCCCCGCAAGCAGCAGCAUGUUAUCUCUACAGAGGAGAGUGAGAUGGUGGAGACCAACAGCACUGAUGAAGAAAAGACCCCAGGCAGGCCCAUCAGUGGCAGGGCGGAGAGGUGUGAAUCUCCACCAAGGGAAUAUGUUGAUGAAGAAGGAGUGCGUUAUGUGCCAGUCAGAGCUCGGCCGCCUGUCACCCUUUUGCGGCACUACCGUAACCCCUGGAAAGCUGCCUACCACCACUUCCAGAGGUACAGUGACAUCCGGGUCAAAGAGGAGAAGAAGGGCACGUUACAGGAUAUGGCCAAUCAGAGGGGAGUGGCAUGCAGAGCACAAGGCUGGAAGAUCCACCUGUGUGCUGCACAGCUCAGGCAGCUGUCGAGUUUGGAGCAUGAUGUGUACAGCCGCCUCUCCACCCUUCAAGAGGGCCUGAUUCCAAAGAAGAGAGCGGGCGCUGACGAUGACCUGCACCGAAUCAACGAGCUCAUCCAGGGUAACAUGCAGCGCUGCAAGCUGGUGAUGGACCAGGUGACCGAGGCCAGAGACACCAUGAUGAAAGUGCUCGACCACAAGGAGAAAGUGCUGAAGCUGCUCAACAAGAACGGCGCCGUGAAGAAGUCCUCCAAACUGAAGCGUAAGGAACGGGCGUAGGCUGGACCUCCUCUUCUGCCGACCACCACCACCACCACCACCGUGCCCUCUCUGAAGGGGGUGAAGGAGCUGCUCAGAAUUUGGUGCUAUGAUUUGCUGCAUACAAUCGCACGCACCCUCCCUAUCUGCCUGAGAGUGGACAGAGAGAAGUGACAGGAGGGCUUCACGAAGCAGAGAGGCCCGUGAUGAAUAGGUUCUCAUUAAAGACACAGCACACAUUGAGAGUGGAGCGUUGUAGGUUGCAUUAGAGUGGCCAGCUGGAUGGCCCUGUCACUGUUUCCCUUCUUUUUGUUCAUUUUUGAUGACCCCAGAGACCAUUUGUACUAACUUAGUUUCUGCCUCUUCUUCUGAGACAAUGUUUGAAGCUGGCACAUUGCGUAUUUCUGAUAUUUGGCACUAAGUGCAGGUGCAGUAAAACCCUGCGUGUGAUGAAAGCAUUUCAGUUAAGGUCAGCCACCCAAGAGUUAUCGAACGGGGUUAAUCAAAAUCAUUUUUAUAGAGUCCUCUAGCAAACUGUGUGUAUACAGACUAAUCUCAGUUGUGCUCUUUUCAUCAAUCUGUGCCUUCAUUUUGUCAGUGUACAUGAAACGGACAGGGACACGUGAAAGCGGUUUCGCAUGCUCUGGAAAUAUUCUCAAAAUAGGAUUCAAAGAAAAGAGUGAGGCCAGUUUCACUGCUUCCCUUUUUUCCUGUGAGCGUCCUGCACCCGCAGUUUUUAAGUUGAUAUGUUCAUUUAGUGUGGGUGAACAGUUUCCUAUCGGCCACAAGUCUGGGUGUAAUCUAAACGGAUAAUACUGUAAUGGGUUGAAGUAAAAAAGAAAAAGUACUAAAAGAGAAGCUAAAUGUGGAAAAUUGAGUUUAACAUCCAAAAAACAAAGCUCUCCCCUGUCGUCACAGGGUUAAUCGUGUCCUUAGAUGGUUACCUGAAAGUAAAAAGUACACACGUGUCACACCAAGUUAACUUAACAUUUAAAACUGCUGUGAAUCAUCCGAUUAAUCCAGAGUCAGUUGAUGUCAUGGUGGUAUUAACAUACUUUGAUUUGGUGUCAGAAGAUGCAGUGCUUGAAAGAGACAGAGACGUAUGCUCGUGUGAUCAGUGGUGGAUUGAGUUCAUGUAAAUCACUGUAAAUGUGCUUUUGUUUUGGUUUUUUCCAUUGACCUGGUUCUUUUCAAGUUUUGUACUCAAUGAAACGUUUUGUGCUGUGACGUGUGCCUCUUCACAGAGUGUAACGAUAAUGACGUUAUGAGAUGAAGUGAGCCUGAAACAUCCAGCUAUUGUACAUUGUUUUUGUCUGUGUAAUUAUAGUAAAGAUACUUAAACAAUAUAAGGUACACUGUAAUUUUCUGUUUUUAAUGUUGCUCUUACUUAUUUUUGGCCCUUUGUUGUUGUCUGUAUAUGGUUAACAAAAAAAACUGUCAGUGUGUCUGAAAUUCCAGUGUCAGACACACUGA